ACCACCUCUCCGCAUUUUCUCGUCUUACAAUCAAGAAAAAGCCCUAGAACUCCUGAAAUUAGGGUUGGAAAAAGUUGCUCUGUUCGCAGCGGUGAAUCCGUGGUUCCAAUGGCGGGCGUAAACGACGACGGUCUGAAGAAACUCGAGCAUCAUCCGCCGUUGAUUUCUAAGGAGAGCAUCAUUCAGAUAUUUGCCAAAACGUUAACCGGAAAGACCAUCACUCUCAAAUUCGAGAGCAGCGAGUCCAUUGAAUAUGUCAAGGCCAAAAUUCAGGGUAAAUUGGGAAUUCCGUCUGAUCAACAGAGGUUGAUUUUUGGUGGCAAGCAGUUAGAAGAUUGCCGAACAUUGGCUGAUUACCAUAUUCAGAAUGGAUCAACCAUUCAGUUGGUUCUGAGGCUUAGAGGAAGGACAAUGAUCAACCAUUCACAAGUGAACUAUAGAAUCCCUUUUUUCUCUUGGUCAAACAAGGCUUUGGUUUGCCUAGUCAUUGUUUUGAAUGGAUAAAGUCACUGCUGUUUGUUUCAUCGGACUCUUGUAUGCUGAUGAGCCGCUUGACGAUGCGAAAACUGUUGCAGACUAUAAUAUUGAGAGUGGUUCUGUGCUUAAACUUGCUGUUCCAAUGGGGUUUGACAUGUUUUUGAAUGUUAAUGACCUAUACCAGAAGUUCUUGGUUGAUGAAAACGGCGCAGAUUUUGUGAAGAAUAUGAACAUAUGUGCAAGCAAGCUGACUACGAAGUCAAUGGAGUUAGCGAUUGAGAACGUAAUGACGAAACUAAAGAAGGAGAAAAAAUCUGUGCUUGAUGAGAACACAAAUCUCAAGGAACGGCUGCGGAGAAUGGAAGAGCAUCACAAAAAGGAGGAGAACAAAGAUUUGAAGGAGGAAAACACAAAGUUGAAGAAUGAAGUGACUUCAAAGGAGAAGGUGAUUGAGAAUUUGAAACGUGAAGCGAGGUGUCAUAGGGUACAAGUUGAGAACCUGUACAAGAAACUGGGAGAUUCCAAAAAGGAUGUGGAGAAUAUAAAGAGAUCUAGGGACAACUACCGAAAAGAACGGCAAAAAGCCAGUGGUUUAGAGGAGGAACUAAAGGCGACUCGAGAAAACUUGGCCUCGGUACUACAGAAGACAGGCAAGGUUUACAGUAUGUUGGGUGUAAACGAUCAAGCUAGGGAUUUUCUUCUUACAACUGCGAAGGAGGCUAGAGAAAAGAACAAGAUCUCCAAGGCCCAAAACUUGGCUCUGGAAUCCAGCGAGGACGACAAUGAACCCAUCAGUUCGGACGAAGAAGAGAAGCAGGAUUCUUAGAUUCUGAUAGUCUUGAAGUUCGGUUCAGGGUAACUACUAUAUAGCUCUUGAAACCCUGAAUUUUACAGGGAGAACCGAUUCAGACUUCGGCUUCCACGCCUAGAACAACUCAAACUCAACGUUUGCCCAAUCUGUUUUGUCACAACCGUCCAAUUUGAGACCAAUGGGAAAUGUUAAAGGUCAAUGGAAAUCUAUUAUCAAAAUUGCUCCAACAAAAUCAUACUCAUUUGAUAACAAAAUGUUUGUCUA